AAACACGUGAUCCACAGUCUGUAUAAAUGCCUAGGUUCCAAACAAGAGUCACCUCAAACAACAGAGUGAACUCAGCGUAGACCUUCCUCUCCACGAUGAAGAUGAUGCAGGUGACAUUAUUCGUGGCUCUUCUUGGGUUUUUAGCCUCAGCUGCCACUGGCUCGAAGGACUUUCUGCCCAUCGACUGCAAUGAUAUCUAUUGCAAUGACAACACCAGCUCCAGUGGGGUGUACACCAUCUUCCCCGGGGGUCCCGACACUCCCCUGCAAGUCUUCUGUGACAUGAACACUGACGGGGGCAGAUGGACGGUAUUUCUCAAGAGGAUGGAUGGGACUGAAAACUUCUACAGGCCCUGGAGUCACUAUAAGGCCGGAUUUGGGAACCUGGCAGGAGAAUAUUGGCUCGGCCUGGAAAACAUCCUCCUGCUGACUCUGAGGAAGGAGAACGAGCUGCGGGUCGACAUGGAGGACUGGGAGGGGGGGAAGGCAGACGCCAAGUACUCCUCCUUCUCCAUCGAUUCUGAGAAUCACGGUUAUGAGCUUCACCUGGGCAAAUUCACUGGUGGAAACGCAGGGGACAGUUUGACAUUUCAGAACAACAUGAAGUUCACAACGUUUGACAGAGAUCAGGACAAUGACAGUACAAACUGCGCUCUGACUUUUCGUGGAUUCUGGUACUCCAAAUGCCAUCAUGCCAACCCCACCGGCUUGUACGCACCUCGGACCACCACUGUAUAUACCUCUGUUGGGGUUGUCUGGACUACAUGGAAGGGCUCGCAGUACUCCCUGAAAACCUUCGACAUGAAGAUCAGAUCCGUCUCUGGAUGUGCAUGCAGCGCGUCUGCAUUGAGCACCACACCCAAAUACAACGCCUGUUGGCGAGGUAUGGGGGUGCUCUUUUUCAUCACCGCUGGGAAAUCCAUCCGCGCAGAGCUGAGAGUUGGACCUCCGGAUAGCGAGGCGUCCUCGUCGUCGAUCAUCGGAACCGGGGCCGUCUGGCCCCACGGCAGGGAGAACCGGAACGAUGUCCCCUCGCUUCCCCUCGCUUCCCGAAUCGCCCAUGUCCACGACGUCGAGAUCCAGCUCCUCCGACUCCUCCUGCGGGCAAUCUUCUCCAGGAAGUGCUGCCGACGAUGCUCCCUCGUGCGCCGCGGGAUCGCCUGGCAGGCCGAGCACGCCGGCGUCGAGCCCAUACCGUUCAUCGCGUGGUCGGGCCCCAAACACGUGAAGCAGAGGGGGUGCGGAUCGACUCCUGAAAUCAGGUUCGGACAAUUCGGGCAGGCUGGUGUGUGGCAGACAAAGACUGUUCCCGUUCCUGGCGCUGUGUUUGACUACAACCGAAGCAUGGGCGGCGUGGAUGUGUCUGACGCUUUGAUCGGGUACUACAGCGUUCUCCACAAAAUGAUGAAAUGUACCUUCUGUCACAUCCAGUUGAUCAGGUUCUUCAACCUAUUCCAGUAA